CCCGCCGCUGCCGGCGCAGGGCCCGCCGCAAUCCGAGGGUGCAGAGCUGGAGCGACUCUUCCCGCUGAUGGCGCUCGGCGGCUGGCUCGCGCGGCUGCACCAGGAGGCCUCGGCCCUGGCGCCCGGCCUGCGCCCUUUCGCCCCCGGCGGCGCCUCCGCCGGAGAAGUGCCGCACGGCGCUGCGCUGCCGGCCGCGUCGCGGCCGCCUCGGGGAACGGCCGCGGAGUGUGUGCGGCAGACGGGCUCGGGCGGGCCCCCGCUUGUGCACCCGCUGGAGCUUCGGCGGCACCUUGGCUCGGACGCCGCAGCGCGGACCGUGGCGGUCGCGGCUCGACGGGCAGAGCACCUCGAGGUGGAAGCGGAGCUCGCAGCGAUCUGCUCCAGCAGGCUCCUGCGAGGGGCAGAGUCGCAGCUCAGCCAACAGGUCGCGGGCGGGUCGGAGCAGGGGGUGCUCGAAGCGCUGCACGUUCUACGCUGCGCCGCCUGCCUGUGCUCGGACAGGAAGGCCGCCCUGGGCUUCUGGCCGCGCCCGCCCGCUCCCCACUCGGGCGCCGCGGGGGCCGCCGGGGCAGGUCCGGGUGGGAGCGCG